UUUCGGCCCAUGCGCUGAAUGGUGGCUUGGUGGCGUCGCUUGCACCGGCACCGGUGUAUUUUCUUUGGUGAUGUGAGCAAUUAGUAAAGCAAGGGAAAUUUCUCGUAUUUGGCGUCAACAUUCAGUGAUCAGUGUGUGAUACAUGACAAUAACCUCUAACAAUACAAUAGUGUGGGUCUACACAGCGAGGCACGUCCCUUAUUUUCUGUGUAGCGGCAUGUAUAGCGUCGUUGAGUUUGCUGAAGAAUGGCUGACACCCGGGAAGCAGCGAUGUCUGUGGCCGCCCCAAAAAUUGAUGACCAAGUUUGCAGCCAAGUGAAAAAUCAAAUAAACAUACCUACUGUUUAUAGUGAUGAUGAUUAUGAGGCUUAUACUGAUGAAAAAAAUAGGACUUAUCGGAAGCAAGUAACUUCUUCGGUGCAAUCUACACCUGUUAGCUCAAAAUCCCAAGAGCAACACUCUAGACCGGUGUAUACAGAACUGAACAAAAGUGAUGAUGAUACAGAUCUGAGCAAACGUGAAGAUUUCAAGGAAAGCUCUGCAAAGACUACAGACAGUGAAAUGUCACAGCUUCUGCAAAGUCCAAGUGGCCUGGAUAACCUAGACUUUACAAUAACACCAUUUUUUAUAAAUGAGAAGCCAAAUUCACAAGCCUUAGAUGUCAUAGCUAAGCACUUAGCUCGAAUUGAAGCUGACUUGAAAGAGAUGCAAAUCGCACAGAAUGAGAUAUUAAAUAGGGUGCGAUCAUCUUCUGUCUCGAUGGAACAUUCACUGCCAGGGGAAAGAACAUUGCCAUGUGAGGACAGCAAGGAUUUGAUUGAUACCGAAAAGUGGAUAAAUGCCGAGAACAGAAAACUUUUGACGCAGUGCGGUUGAACCAGGUUGCAACCAACGCUACUGAUGCUGUGAUACAAGAAAUAAUUCAGAUGAAUAUGGCUACAUAGUUCUUCCAAUAUAUACACCUUCUUGUUGACACUUCUCACAAGCGCGCAAGGAAUUGUGGGAUUUGAUACAUUUUAUAAAUGCCCUAGCUGGUGCAUGAGAGACUUUAAAAAGGGUCAAGUAGCCUAUUACCACCUGUUAUCACCAAAUUGUUACCAGUGUACUUAUUAUAUUGUGUUGUACUCUUUCUUUAAUACGUAUGUCAUUUCACACUGGUGUACACAUUUUUAAACUUAAUUAUAGUCAUAAAACUGA